GACCUGCCGCCGGACUUCCGUCAGAGCACCGACAAGCUGGAGAGGAACUUCAUCGUGUCCGCCGUCAUCUUCAAGAAGUACGUCCCCAUCUUCAAAUCCAUCUUCAGGGCGCCGUCAGAGGAGCCGCCACGAGUGCACCGCAGCCGCAAGCAGAGACGCCACCCGUGCACCGUGACCGAGGUCUUCAACUUCUGCUGGGUGCUGUUUGUCCACGCCAAAGGGAACUUCCCGAUGAUCAGCGACGACCUGGUGAACUCGUACCACCUGCUGCUGUGCGCCCUCGACCUCGUCUUCACCAACGCCCUGCUGUGCAACGCCAGGAAGGACCUGCUGAACCCCGAGUUCAAAGGCCUUCCUGAGGACUUCGGCACCAAGGACUUCCGGCCGGCCUCGGGCCCGUUCUGCUUCAUGGAGCAGCUGUGCCGGCUGCACGACGGCCUGGUGCUGGAGGCCAAAGGGGUCAAAGAGCACUUCUGGAAACCCUUCAUCAAGAAGCUCUUCCACAAGAGGAUUCUCCGAGGAAAGGAGGACAGUCUGACCGGCUUCCUGGACCCCAUGAACUUUGGAGACAGUCUUUUGGCGCUCAGCCGCCUGUACGAGGAGCACGUUUUGGCCACGGGCAGCCUGGACGAGAGGAUCUUCACCGGCGAGGGAGCGAGCGAGGACAUUGGCACCCCGGGGCCCUGCCUGUGCGAGGGGGCGGAGAACCAGAACAGCGCCACCUUCAGGCUCCACACCAGCCUCGCUGCCUCGGCUCUGAAAGUCUCCACCCCACUGACGGGCAGGAAGUACGUGCAGGAGGGCAGCCUGGCGUCUCCGCUCUCCUCCGCCAUGAAGAGCGUGGGGCGUCUCCACACGCUGCUGUCGGGCACCAAGCAGGGGCCGAGCGCCAAGCUGGCCGAGACGCUCAGGAGCUGCGCCAGAGACCCGAGCAACGCCAUCAGCCGGCGCCUGAACGACAUGUUCGACGUCUUCUCCCAGCACUACGAGGACGGCGCCACAGAUGGGGGCAGGGCCAUGGGCAAAGACAUGGCGGUGAAGUACUUCCACCUGGCAGAGGCGCUCUACUACAGGAUCCUGGAGUCAGUCAUCGAGAGAGAGAAGAUGAUUCUGGGCGACGCCGACCUGUCUUGUAUUCUGGAGCAGGAUAUCUUCCACCGCUCUCUGCUCGCCUGCUGCUUGGAGAUCGUCAUCUUCUCCGUGUGUGUGUUUCAGGUGAUGCCUCCUCAGUACUUGGAGCAGCAGGAUGAGAGCAGCUCCGGCAGCGUUCCCGUCACUCCGGUCAGCCACGGCGCCGAGCUCAGCAGCAGCAGCACGCUCAAAGGUGUGUCCCCCUCCCCAACCACCCUGUUGGACCGUUACAGCUCACCGCCGGCCAGCACGGCUCGCCGCCGUCUCUUUGUUGACCCCGUGGACAGCGAGCCCGGCCUCGCCUCCAGUGGCUCCGCCAGCACUGCUGUCGCCAAGCCCACCCAGGCGAGCCUCGUUACGGCCAUCCCGGCGGGGCAGACUGUGGUCACUAUGGCAACUGCCACCGUGACCGCCAACAACGGGCAGACAGUGACCAUCCCGGUGCAGGGGAUAGCCAAUGAGAGCGGAGGGAUUACCUUCAUCCCGGUGCAGGUGAGCGUGACAGGACAGGCUGGUGCCGCUCUGCAGCCGCUGCCCCCGCAGGCGCUCGCCGGCACCAUCGCCGUCCAACCAGCCACUGUCAAGCCGGCCCCUAAACCGGCCGGCGGCGCGCUGAGGAAGGGCUCGCUGUCACUGUUCUUCAGGAAGGUGUACCACCUCGCCAGUGUCCGCCUCCGAGACCUGUGCGCCCGGCUGGACAUCAUGCCGGAGCUCCGGAGGAAGAUCUGGACCUGCUUCGAGUACUCGCUGGUCCACUGCACGGACAUGAUGAUGGACCGACACCUGGACCAGCUCCUCAUGUGUGCCGUCUACGUCAUGGCCAAGGUCAGUCAGGUUCUUCAUCGUCGUGACAACGAGCUCAGAGAUGAAGGUAGAUGUUCAGAGACUCACAAAGAAGACGAGCAGGUUCAGUUCAGAAAGGCCAGAGCUCUGUGUCCGUACCCCUCCGUGAGGACCGGCUCUCCCCGCCGGAUGCUUCUGUCCAGCAAACACUCCAUCUACAUCUCGCCUCACAAGGCAGGCUCCGCCCCCUCACUGAUGACCCCCAGGGAAAAGAUUCACUACUACAUCUGCAGCAGCCCCCCCAACCGUCUCCAGGAGAUCAACAGCAUGAUCCGCACCGGAGAGACUCCGACCAGGAAGCGUGGCAUGGCUCUGGAGGAGGGAGCCUCGCCCAAACGCGUCUGUCCCGACUCCAACGCUCUAAUGCGCCGCCUGCAGGACGUCGCCAACGACCGCAGCUCCUCCCAGUGACGCACGCAAACAGACGGAGUGUUUUACUGUGAAGGAGCAGCUUCCUGUGUUUUAGUCGUGUUUUCCUUUCUGUUUUUAACAUCGAUGUUUUAAAUCUGUCAGUUUGGUCUUAAGCUUCGUGCGUGCUUCGUCUCCUUCGCUGUCCCAUGUCUGUAAAUACGUGUACAGAAGAGCAAAGAGAAGCUAUUUAAUGGAGCUCACAGCUGUAAGUUAAGUGCCUUUAUUUUGUACUGUUUACAUCCUGCAGGCGUUUCCUUGGUUACAGGCUCCCGAUGUAAAAACAAUAAACUGUGUGAACUGA